AUGUUUCCGAGUUGCUGUCAAAUGGGCUCGGCUUUGAUACCGACUAACUAUACUACUCACUAUCCGGACUUCCUGAAACAGCUGCUCGUCAAGGAUGACACAGACAACGCGCAAGGCUACGGUAAACCGGCACGUGAACUUCUUUAUGGUGAAAUUCCUGACCAUUUCUACUGGACCUCUGCCAAAGAAUGGCUGCCCAGACGCCGUCCUUCAGACACCAUCGGCCGGUUGUAUUUCGCGACUCCGGUUGAUGGAGAACGGUAUUACCUUAGGCUGCUUUUGCUGAAUGUCAGAGGCCCGACCAGUUUCGACGACUUGAGGACAUUCGAAGGCAUUACCCACAAAAAUUUCAGAGAAGCAAGCGUGCGGUUGGAUGUUAGGGCACGGUUUACGAAGCAUGUUCUGCAUGCUGUUAACUUCCAGCCCACCGAGCAAUCCGAACAGGUUGUUGAACAUGUUCCUGGACGAACUCGCAAACGACUGUGGCUACCGUCUCCGAACUGA